AGCUUGGCGCCCCAGAGUACUUCCUGUUUGGGAGACCAUCCAGGAAGCAGCAACGAGUGUCGAGUGUGUCGUGUCGCAUGUUCUCAAAGCGUGGGACACCUCGGUGAUUUUGGGGAACUGAUCUGAUGCUUAGCUCUCCGCCCUGUGCUGCUAAACCAGCUGUGUGCAUCUUGUUGAUCGCCAUGGCCCAGGUGGCCGGCCAGGAAGACGGAGAGAAAACCACAGCGCUCAAAGACUUGCUGUCAAGAAUAGAUUUAGAUGAACUCAUGAAGAAGGAUGAACCCCCCUUCACCUUCCCCAAAACCCUGGAGGAAUUUGAAUAUGCCUUCAAUGAUUACGGUCAACUCCGACACACAAAGACAGGAGACGCUUUUAUCUUCAACGCACGAGAGGAUCUCCACCGCUGGAACCAGAAACGUUACGAAGCUCUCGGAGAGAUUGUCACUCAGCAUGUUUAUGAGCUGCUGGAGAAAAAGUGCAACAUGACGAAAGCAAUCCUACCAGUAGAUGCCACUGUGGAUGAGCCCACUAGUUUUAUCUACCUAAGCCCCGACGCCUUGUCCAAUCCAUCCAAGCUCCUGGUGCUGAUCCAGGGCAGUGGUGUGGUGCGGGCCGGUCAGUGGGCCCGCAGACUCAUCAUCAACCAGGACUUGGACUCUGGAACUCAAAUACCCUUCAUCACCAGAGCAAUGGAGGAGGGCUACAGCGUGAUCGUACUCAACCCAAAUGAGAACUACCUGGAGGUGGAGAAAUCGUCCAAGUCCUCCACUCAGCCCCCUACGACCGAACCCUCGGACGAACCGGCCGAAAAGAAGGAACGAAAAGAUGACAAGGAGGGCAAGAAGAGGAGAGAAUUUUACGAGAAGUACCGCAACCCACAGAAGGAAACGGAGACAGAGCGGAUCCCCAUACGGGAAAACGGUUCCUCUGAGGAACACGUGCUGUAUGUGUGGGAUCACUUUGUGGCCAAAGCUGCAGCCAAGCAUGUCUUCAUCGUGGCCCACAGCUAUGGUGGGCUGUCUUUUGUUGAGCUGAUGAAUCAGAGGGAAGCUGAGGUAAGGAACAAAGUGUGUGCUGUGGCUCUGACGGAUUCGGCUCACAGCAUGUGGCUGCAGGAGACCAGCAAAAGCACACAGGACUGGAUGCAGCAGCAUUGUUGCAACUGGGUCUCAAGUCCAGAGCCUUUGGACACACCGCUGGACUCCAUGCUCCCAGACUGCCCACGCGUCUCUGCAGGCACAGAACGGCACGAGUUGACCUCCUGGAUGAGUUUUAACUCCAUCUUUAAGUUCUUCGGCGAGGUCGCGGAGGCGAAAGAGGACGAGGAGGCAGAGGAGACAUCCAACACUGUUACCACGCGCAGCAGCUCUCUCAAAGGCAAACACCAAGAUUUGUGAAACAGCAAUAACGACGGCGACUUAAUUGGAGCGAUAGUGUAGAGUGUACAGUGGGGGUUACAGAUGAAGGAGGCUAAGGACUUGGGUUGUUUUCUAGCUUUGCUGACCUCCUUGUUCCAUUCCCCGCGUGUUAUUUCUCCGUUCUGACUUUACACACCAACCUAUUUCUGUUGUUUUUGUUUUGGUAAGAGAAGAGAGUUCAGUUCAGCGUUGUGUACAUCACAAUAACAUUUUGUUUUGCUUCUAAAUGAGCGUAAUUGUCAAAGUAAUAUGUGUGGGGGUAUUUGUGCUUUCCAAGGGUUGGAUAGCCUAAGCUGACUCAGGAUUGAUACAGUGCCCUGUGGUACACCUCACAUCAACCGCCCUG